GGAUACGGGAUAGGAGGAAUGGCUCCAGGAAGAUGCUCAGACAGAGAAAUGUGUGAAGAAGGGGAUUCUGCAGUAGAAUCGUACCUUGUCGCUCAUAACAUAUUGAGAUCACACGCUUCUGCUGUUGCUUCUUACAGAGCCAAUUAUCAGAAGCUGCAGGAAGGCCGCAUUGGCAUCACACUAGACUCCCAAUUUUACUUCCCCAUCAAUCAGUCCGAUGAGAACGUUGCAGCAGCUAACCGAGCUCUUGAAUUCUCAUACGGAUGGUUCGCUGACCCAGUUUACUUUGGAGACUACCCAGAGUCCAUGCGAACUCUUGUUGGUGACCGUCUGCCUCAAUUCUCAGCUGCGGAAAGGCAGCAGCUUAUUGGUUCUGCAGACUUCUUUGGGCUCAACUUCUACACUGCUCUGUAUGUCUGGCAAGGGUCUGCCAGUGCGCCUGGAACCGCUUGGAGUGACAGCCAAGUGGGAACCUCAAGCACCAACCCACUGACUGGUGAAGAGAUUGGUGCAUCAACUGGCUCAUCUUGGCUGAAGGUGGUUCCAGAAGGCAUGUAUGGAAUAUUGAUGUGGAUCACAGGGCGUUACAAUAGCUUUCCGAUCAUGAUUACUGAAAACGGCUCGAGUGAUGUAAAUGACCCUGACAUUCCAUUGGAGACUGCACUCUGUGACGAUCAGCGUCUGAACUUCUACAGGGACUACCUCAGCAAUGUGCUUAAGGCCAAGAG